AUGGCCGAAGCUGGCAAGCUCGGGACAGCGCUUGUGCAGCAACAAAAGGAGCUCCGCGAUCGACUUGCCGAGGUGGAGUCCAUGCAGACGGAAGGCGAGCUGAGCCACGAGCUGCGUCAAAAGCUGUCCGAAAUCGAAAGAGACUACAAUGAUGUUGCGAGGCAGACAGCCCGGGCUUUUCUGCCCAAGCAGAGGGUACCGAGUAACGAGGCUGCGGCUGGAUCACCCUAUGUUCCUGAAGGCAAAGGAGGACGGCGAUCCGUGAGUCCCUCCAAAUUUGAAAGCCAAGCCACGGGCUCUCCCACCAAACUCAGCAUACCGAACCGCAAACUUCGAAACCAACCCGCGAACCGCAUCCAUGACAUAGAGUUCGCCGCCGAAAUCAGCACCUCGCUUAUUUCACAAGUGCGGAAUCUCCAAGCUUUGCUCGCCGAAAAGGACGAGGAGCUCCGCGAUGUCAAGGCGGAUAAUGCUCGCCUCGAGGUUGAUACUGAAGGCCUGCAGCAAAGGUUAAAGGCCUUGGAUGAAAGCGAGCAUCGAUGCCUCGGAACGGGAAAACGCCUCACCCAGUCGCUCAACGUCCUCCAAGCGGAAAAGACCAAAUUCCAAAGGGACCUCGAUGAAGUGAAGCUGUCCCAUUCCAAGCUCACCGAGGAGCAUGCAGCCUCUAUUAAGCAACAUGACAUCGAUCUGGGCACUGCCAAGCGAAACAUUGCUACCGCUGAGAAUGAGCGCAUGGCCAUGCAGCGCAAGCUCGACGACUUGCUGAGCCAGAACCAGGAGCUGGCUAGGGCCUUCUCCUCCCAGCGCUCCAAGAUUUCCGAGCGCGGCGCCAUUUCCGGCAUGAGCGACGACGACUUCGAGACGGCCACCGACAAUUUGACGCCCGAGCAUUCGCCACCUCCUUCUCCCCGCACCAUCCAAAGCCAGCGUACCCAACUCCACCGCGAGAAGACGGAAAAGCUCGAGCUCAAGAGGAUGCUUCAGGAUGCCCGUGACGAGGUCGAGCGCCUCCGCGGCGAGGGCGGCGCCGUCACCAGUCGUCGCACUAAGAAGGCCGACGCCAAGGAUGCCAAGAGAUUCUCUAAGCUCCUCCUCGGAGCUAAGCUAAGCGCAAUCGCGCUCGGUCUCCCCGGGACCCCUCGCUCGCCUUCGCGCGAUGAAGAGUCGACAGAUCAUUUUGAUACUGCCAACGAGACAAGUGAUGCCGCUUUCGAAACCGCCCACGAAAGGGGCACGGAGACGGAAGACUUCCAAACCGGAGCCGAAGAAUUCUCGGGAAGCGAGUCCGAGGCCACGGAAACGGAGAGCCCCUCGAGGGUUACCGCAUCGACAUCCAACGAUGAAGAUGAUGCCUUUGAAGAGACAAGAACCCCGACAUCCGCCCAGCCUCCUCCUCGUAUGCGGCUCCGUGUGAGCCGGGGUCUUCUCCGCCGCUCGCGUCAGACUAGCGAAGAACCGAAUCUGCAGAGCUCGCCCGCGAGCUUUGCCAACAGCAGCGCCAGCAACACGCCUCAACAGCCCGCCCAGAGCCUCUUUGCCGAGCUGGGCGACUUCAACGGCAGCGAUGACGACUCGUAUAGCGUCAUGACCGAGGCUGAUCCGUCCAAGGAGGACAUUAUGGAGAGUAUCGAGACGCCUACCGCCAUUCCCAAGCCUGUCAUGGUAGACGCCGGAACGAUGACUGAGCAGGUGGAAGAAUCGAUCCUCUCGCCCAUUAGUGUUAUUCACCUGGGACACGCUGAUACAGAGGCGGCCGAACUUGACCGUCCCGUGAGCAUGGCCUCGAGUCGAUUCCUGUCUCUUGACGAGGGCACGGAUGCGGAACGAUCGCGCCCUGUGUCUACGCUCUCGUAUAGCGAUUCAGGUGCUCAGUACGAUGCCGAGAUUGAGGAGAAGCUUGCCAAGUUCCCUCUUCCCCUCGGCGGCAGCGGCAAAGGCGGCCGCUGUGCCAGUCACGUGGAGCCCCUUGCCGCCGUCGAGCCUGUCCUUGGUCUCGCUUCGAUCGAGGCCCAGCACGUGGAGCCUAUCGCCGCGACUGAACCCUUGCUUGGGUUGGUCUCGAUUCAGACUCAGCACGUUGAGCCUAUCGCUGAACCCGAGCCUGUGCUUGGGUGGGUUUCCAUCGAGACUCAGCAUGUCGAGCCUGUGGUCGAGCCCGAGCCUACCCUAGGCCUCGCGGCUAUUCAAACGCAGCAGGUGGAGCCCAUUGUUGUUCCUGACCCUAUUCUUGGCCUCGCCCCAAUUCAAACCCAGAAUCUCGAGCCUGUUGCCACCCCUGAGCCUGUACUUGGUCUUGCGCUCAUCGAAGCCCAGCAUGUGGAGCCCAUUGCGGAACCUGCGGCGCCUGUUGCCGACCUUGCCCUUUCCUCCAUCCACGCAGAGGAGUUGGAGCCCAGAGCCGAGCCCGUCGUGGUACCUCCUGCUCCCACCUUGAGCGUGUCCCAGAUCCAGUCGCAGGAUCUCGAGCCAAACAACGAGCCUCUGGAUCUCUCUGUCGCCGAAGCCCUUGGCCUCGUCGCAGUUGGCUCGCGCGCCCUGGAGGAGCCUGCUCCCGCCCCCGCUCCCGCUCCUGAGCUUAGCAUGGCGGCCAUCACCUCGCAGGUACUCGACCCCAAGGCCGAACCGGAAAUCGUUGUGCCUCAGCCUGUGCUCUCGAUGAUGCCCAUCACCUCCCAGAACCUCGAACCGGUGCAGGAGAUUGCGCCAGCGCUGAGCAUGACCACUAUCCAUGCCGAACACCCCCAGGCCGAACCCGAGGUCCUUCCUUCGCUUAGCCUGGUUGAUAUCAACUCUCUCCAGGUUGAGCCUCGCGAGGAGCCAGUCACCCUUCCGGUUCUGACUAUAACACACAUUAAUUCUCAGGCUCUCGAGCCCAAGGCCGAGCCUGAGCCCCUAUUCCUGAACCCGCGGCUCUGGGAUUCUCCUCGGUCCGAUCUGAGCACAUUCAGCCCAUCUCACUACCCGAGCCUCGACCUGUG